AAAGAGGAUCUUUUUAGGAAAAAAAAAAAGAACAAACCAAAACCAAACCACAAACCCCACCAGUGUCCCUAUGCCUUAUAAGGCAUGGGCAGGCUUACUCCAGUGCUGAAGGAGGGGCGGUAACGGGUUCAUGCUGCUGAGUUUUCUCUGGCAACGCUUGCAGGCGACUGAAGAAGUCGCAAACGCUUCGCUCCCCGGAACCUGGGAGAGAAAGUCAGGGAGGAGAGGAGGCAGCAGGUGAAUUUUCUAUUAAAAAAAAAAACCAAAAAACCCAAACCAACCACCACUUGAUCAUGGGAAAAUCAGCUUCCAAACAAUUUGCUGAAGAAGUCUUGAAAGCACACAAUGACUACAGGAAGAAACACGGAGUCCCCCCAUUAAAACUCUGCAAGAAGUUAAACAGAGGAGCCCAACAGUAUGCUGAAGAACUGGCUACCACAAGGAUCCUCAAACACAGCUCUGAGUCUGCUAAUGGAAAAUGUGGAGAGAACCUAGCAUGGGCAUCCUAUGACCAACCAGGAAAGGAUGUGGCUGACAGAUGGUACAGUGAAAUAAAAAAUUACAGCUUUCAAAAUCCAGGAUUUUCUUCUGGGACAGGUCACUUCACAGCAAUGGUUUGGAAGAACACAAAAAAGCUGGGGGUUGGAAAAGCAUCCGCUAGCGACGGCUCAACAUUUGUAGUGGCUAGAUAUGAUCCAGCUGGAAAUGUAGUAAAUCCAGGCUAUUAUGAAGAAAAUGUCCUUCCUCCAAGAAAAUAACUUUUUUAAAAAAGAAGAAAGUAUUCUUAUUGCUUAAUGACAAGUGAACCUGGGCUGGGACUUCACAGUGUUUGAAAUGAAAUAUGAUUCAAUGACAUUUCCUGUUUGGUACUGCUGUUCACUUCUCAGUACAGAGGAAGCAAUUCCAUGUUGCUUGAGUCGAUCUGCACAUGAGAGUCCCUGUUGUUUCUGAGGGGGCUUCAGUAUAUGCAGCUUUUCUGAAGGGCAAAAUUUAUGAGGGUGGGUUUUCUUUGAUAACAGUUUGCAUGAAGUCUGUGUCAGCAUGUGAGUAAGCACAUGUUGGAUCUCUUUUUUUUUAACAAGCAAAUGUAUAGCUUGUAAUUAUAUCACACAAUGCUUGUUUUCCAGUAUUUUUUAAUAACUGUAACUUCUUUGUUCUAUAUAUACCUCCUGCUACUGUGGGGGCUUCUCUGCAGAUGGAACAUAUGCAAAACUUCCCGUAUGAAAAGUACAGGUGUAAAAUGUAGUGGCAUUCAGAGCUGUGUGUUUUUAUUAAGAGGAUCUCACAGAACACUAAAACAUUGCUGACAAAAUUGUAUCUGUCAAGCAAGCCAUAACUAAUGCAUGACCUGAAAGCUACUAAAGUUUAAAUCCCAGUGUUAGGUGCUAGUGUUUAAAAUCUAUUUGAGAUGAGUGUAUUAUUUCAAGUUCAAACCCCAUUUUACAGUUUACAGUAUGGACAUUGUCUUAGAAUCAAAUUGUUUACUUCUGUUACAGGAAAGUAAGAUGCUACUUUUUCUCUUUGAUGUUUACACACACAAAAAGUUUCUUUGAUGGAGCAUGUUGGAUUUUAUUUCUCAAUCACUUUUUUUAAUCUCCUGAGGAGUAUCUUCUGCAGGUGUCAUGCUGUACAGACAACAACAUUCCCAAAUCAUCACUUGUCUUCUUUCAUAAUGUCACAAUAGGAGGUAUUCACAUGGUCAGAAUGAAGAGAAGUUUACUUUUUUGUUCAUAUCUUUCAAUAACACAAAAAACAUUUCACAUACUGGAUGGAUGCCUUGAAAAAAAAUUGGAUUUAGUGUCAUUAAAAUCAAGCAAGCAAAAAUUCUGAGGGCAUCUUUUUCUCUCAUGAAAUGUGAGUCAGAUCAUUUUGUCCAAGUUCAUAUCAUAGAAUCAUAGAAUGGUAGGGGUUAUAUACUAUGUUUCAUUUUGAGGUUUUCUUUCCUUUGUAAAUGUUUCUUUUGACUUCUGCUGAGAUUCUAUAUGCCAGAAUUUGGUCCAUGAAGAGUGCCAUUACAGAAAUACUUCUUUUUGUUUACACAGUUGUAAUAAACUGCACUGUUACAGCUUGA